AUGUUCACCAAGUUCAUCCCCUAUCUCAUCUUUGCCGGUCUUGUAUCGGCGCAGUGCGCACCCAAGGGCACCACACUUCACCCCAACGGCGACACGUCCAAGUGCUUAGACGUCCGAGGCGCCCACUACGACUGCAACGGCACUGGUGCCCAGAACUGGGUGCUAAACCGUGGCAAUGGCAAGGUGCAGGUCGCUGGCACCAAUUAUUGUCUUGACGCCGGUUCCAGUAACGGCGUGAAGAUGAAGAUCUGGCAGUGCUACGACAACCUUCCAGCCCAACAGUGGUUCUACACUGGUGACAACCGUGUUGCGCUCACUAACCGAGGCCUCUGUCUCGACCUUACCGACGGUGCGUGUUUCUUUCGCGUCGACACUGACUAUCAAGGUAAGAAGACGAACGCCAACGUCAUGCAGACUUGGGAGUGCACCCCUGGCAACACCAACCAGAUCUGGACGUCGGACCCCACCGUCCAGCGUCGCUCUCUCCGCUACUCUCAGAACAAGUAA